AUGGAUCAGAAGGGUUCACAAAGAGCACUACUGGCACAAACAAUAAAUGAAAUUGUCAAGCUUCUUAUUGAAGCUCACAAUCAAAAAAAGGAUGUCAACUUGAAUCGGCUGAAAUGCAUCGUUGCUCAAAAGAAUGGACUGAGUUUUCAACCGAAACUCGUUGACAUUAUCGCUGGAGUUCCGUCCGAUUACAAAGACAGCCUUCUUCCAAAACUCAAGGCAAAACCAGUUCGAACUGCUUCUGGAAUUGCUGUUGUAGCAGUGAUGAGCAAACCACAUCGUUGUCCUCACAUCAAUUUCACUGGAAACAUUUGUGUCUAUUGUCCCGGUGGGCCAGAUUCUGAUUUCGAGUAUUCAACACAAAGUUACACCGGUUAUGAGCCUACAAGUAUGCGUGCAAUUCGUGCUAGAUAUAACCCUUAUUUGCAAACUCGUGGAAGACUCAAUCAAUUGAUGCAACUCGGACACUCAGUUGAUAAAGUUGAAUUCAUCGUAAUGGGAGGAACAUUUAUGUCGCUGCCUGAAGAUUAUCGAGACUUUUUCAUUCGAAAUCUACAUGAUGCACUGAGUGGACAUACAUCAGCGUCAGUUGAAGAAGCAGUAGCUUAUUCUGAAAGGUCUAAAAUGAAAUGUAUUGGAAUCACUAUUGAAACUCGUCCUGAUUAUUGUCUACCCCGUCAUCUGAACGAUAUGCUUCUCUAUGGAUGUACAAGACUAGAAAUCGGUGUCCAGUCGACCUACGAAGAUGUUGCACGUGAUACGAAUAGAGGUCAUACUGUAAAAUCGGUGUGCGAGACAUUUCACAUGGCAAAGGAUACUGGAUACAAAGUUGUCAUUCACAUGAUGCCAGAUCUCCCUAAUGUUGGUCUAGAACGAGACAAGGAACAAUUUCUGGAACUUUUUGAAAGUCCAGCCUUCCGACCUGACGGUCUGAAGCUGUACCCAACAUUGGUCAUUCGUGGAACAGGACUAUAUGAGUUGUGGAAAACUGGAAGAUAUCAAAGUUAUCCACCAUCAGUUCUUGUUGAUUUGAUUGCUACUAUCUUAUCAUUAGUUCCGCCAUGGACACGUGUGUAUCGAGUGCAAAGAGAUAUCCCCAUGCCAUUAGUAUCUUCAGGCGUUGAACAUGGAAAUCUUCGUGAACAUGCGAUGGCAAAAAUGAAAGAACUCGGUUUGAAAUGUCGAGACGUUCGAACGAGAGAAGUUGGAAUUCAAGAGAUUCAUAAUAAAGUUCGUCCUGAAGAUGUGGAGCUCAUUAGGCGAGAUUACACAGCAAAUGGUGGUUGGGAGACGUUUAUCUCUUAUGAGGAUCCGAAACAAGACAUUCUUAUUGGACUUCUUCGAUUGAGAAAAAUUUCAGAUAAAGCCCAUCGGCCAGAGUUGAAGGGUAAUGUGUCAGUGGUUCGCGAGUUGCAUGUAUACGGAUCCGUCGUUUCGGUAGCGGAUCGUGAUCCCAAGAAGUUCCAGCAUCAAGGAUACGGUUCACUUUUGAUGGAAGAAGCUGAAAGGAUAGCCAGAGAAGAACAUGGAUCCGAUAAAAUCGCAGUCAUCUCGGGCGUUGGAACUCGAGAGUACUACCGUAAACUUGGAUACGAGCUGGAUGGUCCUUAUAUGAGCAAGAUGCUCGACUCUGCUGCAGCUUAAUUUUUCAUUACUGUUCUUGUUAUUAAUGUUUUUUGUUGGUUCGGUAUUUUUCGUUUUUCAUCAUAAAACAAUGUUUUUUUGAAAAAA